CAAAGAUGACCCAGUUCCUGCCGCCCAACCUUCUGGCCCUGUUUGCCCCCCGGGACCCCAUCCCUUACCUUCCCCCCCUGGAGAAGCUGCCCCACGAGAAACACCACAAUCAACCUUACUGUGGCAUUGCACCCUACAUCCGAGAGUUUGAGGACCCUCGAGAUGCCCCUCCUCCCACUCGAGCAGAAACGCGGGAGGAACGCAUGGAGAGAAAGAGACGAGAAAAGAUUGAGCGGCGACAGCAGGAAGUGGAAACAGAGCUAAAAAUGUGGGACCCUCACAAUGAUCCCAAUGCUCAGGGUGAUGCCUUCAAGACGCUCUUCGUGGCGAGAGUGAAUUACGACACGACAGAAUCCAAACUGAGGAGAGAGUUUGAGGUGUAUGGACCUAUCAAAAGAAUUCACAUGGUCUACAGCAAGCGGUCAGGGAAGCCACGUGGCUAUGCCUUCAUCGAGUACGAGCAUGAGCGGGACAUGCACUCCGCUUACAAGCACGCAGAUGGCAAGAAGAUCGAUGGCCGGAGGGUCCUGGUGGACGUGGAGCGGGGCCGGACUGUCAAGGGUUGGCGUCCCCGGAGGCUCGGGGGUGGCCUCGGCGGCACCCGCAGAGGUGGGGCCGACGUGAACAUCCGGCAUUCGGGCCGAGACGAUACUUCCCGCUACGAUGAGAGGCCCGGGCCAUCCCCGCUUCCCCACAGGGACCGGGACCGGGACCGCGAGCGGGAGCGCAGAGAACGGAGCCGUGAGCGAGACAAGGAACGGGAACGGCGACGCUCCCGCUCUCGGGACCGGCGGCGGCGCUCACGGAGCCGGGACAAGGAGGAGAGGCGGCGCUCCCGGGAGCGGAGCAAGGACAAGGACCGCGACCGCAAGCGGCGCAGCAGCCGGAGCCGGGAGCGUGCCCGGCGGGAGCGGGAACGCAAGGAGGAGAUGCGCGGGGGCGGGGGCGACAUCGCGGAUCCCUCUGAGGCCGGGGAUGCACCUCCUGACGACGGGGCUCCCGGGGAGCUUGGUCCCGACGGUCCUGAUGGUCCCGAGGAGAAGGGCAGGGACCGGGACCGGGACCGACGUCGGAGCCACCGGAGCGAGCGGGAGAGGCGCCGGGACCGGGACCGAGACCGGGAUCGGGAGCACAAGAGGGGAGAGCGGGGUGGGGAGCGGGGCCGGGAUGAGGCCCGCGGUGGGGGCGGCGGUGGGGGCCAGGACAAUGGGCUAGAGGGUCUGGGCAACGAUGGCCGAGACAUGUACAUGGAGUCCGAGGGCGGCGACGGGUACCUGGCUCCCGAGAACGGGUAUUUGAUGGAGGCGGCCCCGGAGUGAAACCUCCCUGCCGCCUGCUUCUGUUUGGACGUGUGUUAGCCACUCCCUACUGUCCUGUCUUCCCCCAAGUCUGUUGGCCGCAGGUUUGCAGCCAAGGGUAGGAAUCUCAACGUUUGUUUUGGUCCCUUGCAUUUGAAAAAUAAAAUUAAUUUCCUGUUGACGGUGG